CCUUCUUGGUUGGUGACUGCUGCUCCACAAAGUUAAGUGAAGUUCAAACUCGUGUUUCUCAAUUCAAAUCAAUUCAAAGGGCUUUAUUGUCAUGGGAAACAUGUCAACUUUGCCGAAGCAAGCGAAAUACAUAAUAAACUAAAUUGAAAUAAACAAUACACAUUUACAGUAAACAUUACAUUCACACAAGUUCCAAUGGAAUAUAGCCAUUUCCAAUUGUGUAAAGUACUUAUGUAGAAUACUUGAAAAUACUACUUAAGUCGUUUACUCUACUACUUAGAAUUUUGACGUUUACUUUUUCUUCACGACAUUCCUUUAAAAAAGUAUGUACUUUUUACUCCCUACAUUUUCCCUGAUACCCAAAAGUACUCGUUACAUUUUGAAUGCUUAGCAGGACAGGGAUAUUGUAUAAUUGACAUCCCUGGUCAUCCCUACUGCCUCUGAUCUGACGGACUCACUAAACAUAUGCUUGGUUUGUAAAUUAUGUGUGUUGGAGCGUGCCCCUGGCUUUUACUUUUGAUACUUAAGUAUAUUUGAGCAAUUACAUUUACUUUUGUACGUAAGCAGAUUUAAAACCAAAUACUGUUAGACUUUUACUCAAGUAGUAUUUUACUGGGUGACUUUCACUUUUACUUGAGUCGGAGUUCCAUAAAGCCCAUUUCAAAUUUCCAUUAGCGCUGCGCUCCAGACCCUAAAACUGAUCAUGAGUAAAACCCUUCGCUUUAUACGGUUAUCCAUAAGAAAAGUUGACAUAAUGCAGUUUACUUUAAAUCACCUCUGAGCGAAUUGAUCAAAAGUACCAAUUUGACUGGAAAAACGAGAACACGUCAACCCUGAAUGUCCCCGAAACAAGCGUGCCACGACCACAGCUCGCGGGAGACUCUCUCAUUGGUCGGAUUUUGGCCACGGAGGAAAUUCGGUUAAACUGAACCGUGGUGCACAGGCUAUGAUAUGAACAGGCAAAAGCGGUGAGGGAGGAACGCUUUUCUCCAAUCGAACAGUAAUUUGCGCCACUCAUGUUGUUAACAAGGCAGCAUGAUGCAUAGUUCAGAAACAUACAUUUUUUUUCUCCAUAAAAUGUUCAAACUAGUUUUUAUUGAGUAGGCAGAUAAAGCAUUUUUAUCCAAAUAAAUCACUUGUGCAUGUGUGAACACAAACUCCUAUGCAAAACCGAAAUUUAGGAACAGUGCACAUAGAAAUAGCACACAGAGAACAGAUCAACCGCUUCUAAGACUUGCUUUCAACGAGAAUGACAGAUCUAUAACAUGUAUUUCUAUGUGAAUUUGGUCGGGUCCAAUGAAGCCAUUUUUAUCUCAAUGUAAAAUCAUUUUUGGGUAACAGUUAAGCACUUACUGUGAUUGUUUUCAAUUAAAAGGGUCAAAAAUAAACAAAAAUAGCUUGUUAGCGAAGAACAAUUUCUCAAGCAAGAAUUGUGCUAGGACUGUCUGGGAGUGGUCUGAGUUGGGAAAACUCAAAACUAGCUGUUUUUGACAGAGAAGUUUAGAACUUUCUUUCUUCCUGAUUUGUUCACUCCUUUGGCCAGGCAAGCAGGCUGACAUUUCAAGAGUCGUUUCAAACGGCUCCUACAUUAAAAGGGCAUUAUCAUCAUUUUCACAAUUUCACUGUAUUAUUCCAACCAAUAUAUAAAACAUAGCACAUCACGUUUUUGACUGCACUGGGCCUUUAAUAAAUAACGUAUGGAAAUGAACAAGGAAGUAGUAUGGGCUGGGGUGUUCCUUUGCUGUAGUGGGUAUUUUGGCUCAUUGCCCGAGACUAUCAUAAUAGACUGCCAGGUUUACCCCUUUACCGUAACUUCCAAGUCCUUCCUUGUUGAGUAAAUAAGGGGUUAAAUAACUUUUUAUACCCUGACAGUAAAAAGUGUGUAAUUUUGGGAGGGAUUCGAUGAUUUCCUCCUUUAGCCUACAUUCGAUAUUACAAAAACCCUACAAUUAUUGUGCAAGAUGAAAGGAGGAUUGUAACAAUAAAUGACUCUGAUGAACGUUAUCAUUAUGGCCAAGACUAUUUACGACAAAAAUCAACAAUAAAAAUUAAGAGAUCUGUAGAGACAGAUAUAAUUUAUCCAGAUUCUACGAUCGUACUCAAUCCCAAUCUCCUUUUUUUUAAUCAUGAAUUCUCCUGGCCCUAAAUUAUAAUAGUGUUUAUGUUAAUAGUGAUAAUUUAUAGUAAUAAAUGGCUAAUGUUGUUAUACUAGGUUAUUCACCUCUUUGUUCCCAGAUAAGUAAAUGAUCGCAUCUCGUAUGCACAGUCACUAUCAGGAAACUGCUCGGCUUUUGACGGGAGGAUGUCGAGAAUGACAGUAGAGGGAGAAGAUCGAGAGGAAGUUGCACUCUUAAAAAACAGAAUAUAUGACUGAUGUGAUGUGAGAGGAACUCUGAAACAACAAGCAAGACUUCAGCAAAGGUCAAAUGGAGCAGGCUUUUCUUUUGGUUUUACAUGUAGUCUUAUGGCCAACUCUUGCAGCCUUGUUCACAGUGGAGGUGGACAGUCUCUCACACGUGGCAGAGUUCCACGGUGAUGUCACCAUGGGCUGCAGGUUCCAACCUGGGGGCUGGGACCCGAAGCUGUCAGUGGUAUGGCAACGGGUCCAGCCUCUUCCAGAUGUAGAGGUGUACAGGAUGGAUAACGGACAGGAGGACCUCACUUCUCAGAAUCUCCAGUACCACGGCAGGGCACGGUUGGUGUCGGAGGAGCUGACCAAUGGCUGGGCCAAGCUACAUGUGUCCAGUCUGAGGAUUAACGACUCUGGGGUGUACCGAUGUCUUGUGGAAUUGGGGGGAGCUGAUUAUAAACAGACCACUUUGACUGUCAAAGCUACCUAUAAGACUAUCAUUAAAAGCAUGCAGAGACGUGGGGGAGAUGAGGUGGAGCUGGCCUGUGAGUCUGAGGGCUAUCCUCUUGCCACAAUCAACUGGAGAGACAAGAGUCUCAGGAACAUCAAAUCCAACGACACCGUUGUGAAAACUCCAGACCAGCUUUUCCAUGUCACCAGCAAGAUAAUGGUCAAAUACUCUGAGAAAAACAACUAUACAUGUGCCUUGGUGGAGAAAGGUGAAGCUACAAAGGGUCCAUCAGCCAGGUUUGACAUCCCAGAUGAAAUACCUGUGAUUGAGAGUAAACCUAACACCCUUUCUAUUGUAUUGGGCACGACAUUGACGGUGGCUAUGAUCAUUGCAGCUACCAUCUUCGGGUAUCGCAGACAGAAAGGGAGGCUCAGGACCCUCAAGCUCUAUCACCCUCCUGGGCUCAACAGAGACGUGACCUCUGACCUGCCUGGACCCCUUUUGGCAGCUCCAACUGAUCCUGGUGAUAGACUGUUUGUGACUGUCAGUGACCUGUACCAGGAGGCAACAGAAAAAGAGACUCCUCACUGAGACUGUUAACUGCCAGGAGAAGACUGAGAACACAAAAGACUCAUGUACACACAUUGUCAACGAAAAGUUUAAUCAUGCUACAUUUUCUGUUAUCUAAAAGUUACGCCGGUUGGCGUUUCCACUGACGACCAAUUAUGUUAAUGAGAGGAAGCCCAGUUGCCGGAGAAGAUGGAGCGAGAUGGAUUUUGGCCAACAUUGCUAAUUUUCUCAUUGAUUAAACAUUUGAUCUCCAUACAGUUUUCUGUUACCAAAACUAUAAUCUGUAAAAAACAGAGUGGAUUUCAUUUUAUAGACUUGAACUUUUGCCAAUUAUUAUUUUUUUAAAUGGCAUUUAGGAGUGCAAGGGUGAAUUGAGCACUUCACAGAGUAGGUGUUUCCUAAUGGAAAUAUGGAAAUAGGAUCUCACUAGCUCGCUCUUGGCACUGCCCACCUCCUUGCUUGUUCUGCCCACUAUGAUUAAUUUGCUCCCAUUGGAAAGACAGGCUGUGGUCAAUCUUGGGUUAGUAAUAAACAUCUUUGUCUAGGCCUUCUCAUAAUGUCAUCAAAAAGCAUUGCUUCUCCUUCACUUAGAACUAGAAUGGUCCAUCUACAGAAGUUAUUAUGUCAGGUGCAUUAAAGAUGCACUAUGCAGAAAUCGCUCUGCCAUUUCCUGGUUGCAAAAAUACUAAUUGUUCGCCUAAUUUCAGUUUGUGACAAAACAAGCAUUCAUUGUGUAGAUAAUCAUUGUACAAUCUAAACAGUUGUGAAAUAUAUUUUCCAUAACCAAAAAUAUUGUAUUUUCAGCUGUGAGAAGCUGGUGUACAAAACCGAAAGUAAAAGACACAAAAACAGAACUUCAGAAUGGGGAAGCAUAGAAAUAGCUCAUAUAGAACAGAUCUACAGCGUCUUAGACUUGCUUUCAAUUAGAAAGAUAGAUCUAUAAUGCACAUUUCUAUGUGAAUUUGGUCUGGUCGCCCAAAAAGUUACAUAUUGUAGCUUUAAGUGAUGCUCUGUUUUGUGUUAUUUACUAGAUUUUUACAUUUCAUACAACUUAUUGGAAGAUUUUUGGUCCCUCUGAAGGCCUAGGUCCUAUGGUCAUGGUUCAUCAUUGCAUGUAUUUACUGUAUAUCUUGUACAGUUACUAAGUGUAAUACAGAGAUAAUAACAUGUUUAUACAGAGAUGUCCAACUUUGGGGGAUUUUAUUGAAAAAACAGUUCCCUUCCAUGCUUCCCAUGAAACCCCAGAAGGCAAAUGAGUGAUUCCAGCCACAUUUUAUAUUAACACAGUUGUUUACUGUACUCCAGGUAUUUGAUACUGUUUGAUACUCUUUGUGAGUCGAACCAUUUGAUGACUUAGACCUUGUGACAACGCAGUUUCACUUUCUGUCUCAGUCAUAUGGCAACUCUACAGUAAGAAUGGAUUGAGUCAGUCCAUUGCACAAUUUCCUAGAAAAUAAACAUUGUCUAAAGACAGGAAA